AUGGGUACAUUUGUGACCCUGGCUGAAGUGUUGGAGGCCCGGGGUUCACCGCUGGAGGAGGAUGAGGUCUGGUGUCUGCUGCUCACCACCGCUGACGCCUUACUGGACAUCUCUAAAAAAGGUUCAGGCAACAUGUGCAGUGUGCUGAGCCCUGGCUCAGUGCUGCUGUCAGCCAACGGGAGUCUGGCCUUCAAGAGCUGUGCACGAUAUGAAGACGUGGCCUCCUUCACAGCUCCUGAAGUCCAGCAGGGUCACGCUGCCUCCACCAGGACUGCAGCCGAAAAGAUGGUUGUGUACUCACUGGGGAUGACUCUGUAUUGGUGCGUUGACUAUCAUCUACCUCAAAACCAGCCGGUCCAGCUGAGCAACGAGUUGGAGGGUCUGCUGCUGAGCAUGUGUGAGGACGUAGUGAUGAGGAGGACCGACCUGCUGACGGUGCUGGAGACCUGCGAGCUUCACCACAAGGCCUCCAUGCUGCCUCCUGCUGAGCGGCUCGUCAGGCAGCUGGUGGAAGACGUCUACAGGAACUCGGUCGACCACCUGUCCAUCACUGAAAACGGCUCUCCACUAACGGACCGCAGUCAAGUGGUCAGGGACAGAUUACACAGGGGCUCUUUUAGAAACUCGUCAUGGGAGCUGAAGAAGAAGAUCUCCAGAACAUUCUCAGGAGGAUGUUAUCGAACAGAUCUCCCAGGGACUCCCUCGGGAGGUCGACACAGGGAGAGUUACUGCAGCUGGCAGCUGAACCGCAGCCCCUGCAGUCCGUACAUGGAUGGCAAUCGAAGCGCCCACUCAAGAUCCCAGUUCGAGUCCACGAUGAGUCUGAAUGACAAGAAAGCAAAGGACCUGGGUCCUGAGUUUAUUAGAGUGUUAGAUGAGCCUCUGGUUGUCUUGGAGCUGCCUGGAUCCAUUGUGUCAAAGAAAGGAAAAUCUCCGACCACCCACAGAGAGCUGAGUGUGGUGAUGCCAAGCGGUCAGAGCAUCCUGGUCAAGUGUGAGGUGAAAUCCAGAGCAGGAGAUGUCUUUGACAUGAUCGUGGCUCACUCCAACCUGAUGGAACAUUUCUACUUUGGCCUUGCUUACAUUGAUGAUAACGAGUUUUUCUUCGUGGACAACGACACCAAGAUUUCCAAAGUUGCGUCAGAUAGCUGGAAGAAAGUGCCUUCAACCACCUUUGUCCUUUACUUCAGGGUCAAAUUCUUUGUCAACGACAUUUCCCUUAUUUUGCACAAACAGACCCGACACCAGUAUUACCUCCAGCUCAGGAGGGACCUUCUGGAGGGCAGGUUGUCCUGCCACGAGGAGACUGCUCUGUACCUGGCAGGUCUGGCCCUGCAGACCGAGUAUGGAGACUGCAUGCCUGAGGUGUACGGUAGGAACUACUACCGCCCUGAUCAGUAUGUCUCCAAGAGUGUGAUGGAGAAACGUGCCUUGCCUUACAUUCAGGGAGAGCUGCUGCGACUUCACACCAACAACGCUCAGAUGCUCACAGAUGAAUCAGAGCUUGAAUUCCUCAAGGUGUGUCAGCAGCUGCCUGAAUACGGUGUGUUGUUCCACCGUGUGGUGCGUGAGAAAAAGCCUUUAGACGGAGAGAUUAUCCUCGGGGUUUGUGCCAAAGGUGUUAUCGUCUACGAGGUUAAAGACGGCUGCAGAUCCACCAAUCAGAGCUUCUACUGGAGGGAGACGGCGACCAUCUCCUCUAAUAGGCGUAAAUUUGUAAUCGAGUGCCGGGGCAGCAAGAAGAAGUACACCUUCAUCACGGAGAGGUCGAAGACAGCCAAAUACCUGUGUAACCUCUGCUCAGCCCAGCACAAGUUCAAUAACGAGAUGAACUCCCGCCAGCUAACACACAGCCUGGUCUCAGAGGAGAACAUCGUGCAGUAUGCAGCAGUGUGCCGUGCUCAGAGCAGCAACCUCAAGUCCUUCUCCUGUUCUGAGACGCCACAAGACGACAGCGGUCUGACCACACCUCAGGACGAGACCCUGAACAAACUGUGCGAUGACGUCACUGCCAGGAUCGAGGCCCGCAUAAGACAACAGCGCCUCAACGAGCACAGUCCCUGCUCCGGCAGUCAGCGCAGCAGCACUGGUAUGCGUUCUCCAGUGUGUUCUCCGAGGAACGGAUCUGAAGCCCGCUCUGGUUCUCUAGCAGCCAGAGACACCCCGACUAAACUGGGAGCCUCCUCAGAGAGAGAGGUCAUAUGUGUCUCCUUAAAGAAAGACGCAAAGCUUGGCCUGGGUAUAGUGAUAGUUGGAGAAGACACAGUGGGACGCUAUGAUCUGGGCAUCUUUGUUGCCUCCGUUGUGCCUGGCGGACCUGCUGAUAAGGACGGACGCAUCAGAGCAGGUGGUCGUCUGAUCUCUCUGAACCACAUCAGCCUGGAGGGCGUCACUUUCAGCGAGGCAGCAGAGGUCAUGCAGAGCAGCCCGGAGGAGGUGCAGCUCAUUAUCUCACAGCCAAAAGUUUUGUUGUUUUCAUCCACAGUUCCCUUCAGUCCUCUGCGCUCUCCUGUUUUGAGGAAUUACGACUCCCAGAUCACACUGAUGACAGACGGACGGUCGAGAGACGACAGCCUGGAUGAGAUCGUCUCAGUCAUGAUGACGCCGAAGACCAGCAACAGACUGAACGUCCCCCGGGAUGUUCGAGUCCCCGGUACACAGGACGGCUGCCCUGUGCCUCCGUCUCAGAACUGUGUGAGGCCAGGGGAGAUCACCGUGGAGCUCAGAAAGAUGUCAGGAAGUCUGGGCAUCAGCAUCUCUGGUGGCGUCAACACCAACCAUCCGAAUGGAGGAAUCUACAUCAAGAGCCUCGUUGCAGGAGGAGCUGCUGAGAGAGACGGACGUUUACAUACAGGUGACAGACUGGUGGAGGUGGACGGGUUUAACUUCCAGGGCUUCACCUACCAGCAGGCUGUGGAGUGUCUGAGCAAAACUGCAGAGGUGGUUUCUUUUGUUGUGGAAAGGGAGUCAAUGAGCCUACCCAGAGUUUCUCUGAGUGCUGAAAACAGCAGCGCUGUACCCAACCAGACCGUCAGUCCAUCUACCAGCCGGCAGAGACUCAACAGCUGCUCGUCCACCAGCACUCCUGUAAUCACAGUAUCUGGCCGGCCCCGAGACUACAGCUUUGUCACUGAUGACAACACCCAGGAAGUGACUCUGACCAAGAGUGCCAACGGUCUGGGCUUCAGCUUCCUCAUGUGUGAGCUGGACCCACCCACUCGGGAUUUUGGCAGUCUGGUCCGGAUAAAGCAGCUUUUCCCCGGCCAGCCUGCUCAGCAGAGCGGCAGGAUCCAGGAGGGAGACGUCCUGUUGGCCAUCAACGGCCAGUCGCUCAAGGAACUGUCCUAUCCAAAGGUGCUAAAGCUGUUCAAGACCUCACCACCUGAAGUCCUGCUGACUCUCUGUCGACCUGCACCAGGGAUUCUUCCUUCUAUCGAUCAGUUCACCUGCACAUGAGCGAUCUCGCAGUGUUAUAAAGCAGCAUCAGGGGAUGUUCAGAGGCUACGGUGUGCUUUUCUGAUGAACCAGAGAGCGGUGACGGAGGCCGAAGGAAGCACGAUCGCAAAGAUGUUCUGAUCAGUGGACAGAAGGAUUAAGCUGACCUUAUCAAUGGACUCCAGCCCUGCA